GGAGAGGGGGGAGCGCGGCGCCCCCGCCGGCCGUGUCGGGAGGAGUUGUUACAGUCGGCCCUCGUUUCUCCCGUCCGCUUCCUGUGGCAGUGGAGAGAGGGGCCGCCCUCCCCCGUCAGCCGCGGCGGGCGGAGCGGCCGGAGCAGCAUGAGCGGCGGCGGCAGCGGCAGCCGAAGCACAGCGGCGUGGGCACGGUGGGCGACGCGGCUGCUGGCGGCCCUGGGCUCUGUCUUGGCCGCGGAAGCCCAGCUCACAGGUGUCCUAGAUGAUUGCUUAUGUGACAUAGAAAGCAUUGAUGACUUCAAUACUUUCAAGAUCUUCCCCAAAAUACAGAAACUACAAGAACGUGAUUACUUCAGAUAUUACAAGGUGAAUCUAAAGAGACCAUGCCCGUUCUGGGCUGAUGAUGGCCAUUGUUCUAUCAAAGAUUGUCAUGUAGAGCCUUGUCCUGAGAGCAAAAUACCUGUUGGAAUUAAAGCUGGGAGCUCUAAUAAAUAUUCAAAAGCUGCAAAUAAUUCCAAAGAAUUGGAAGACUGUGAGCAAGCUAACAAACUGGGAGCAGUUAACAGUACCUUAAGUAACCAAAGUAAGGAGGCUUUCAUUGACUGGGCAAGAUAUGAUGAUUCACAGGAUCACUUUUGUGAACUUGAUGAUGAGAGAUCUCCAGAUGCGCAGUAUGUGGAUUUACUGCUGAAUCCAGAGCGUUACACAGGAUACAAAGGGCCCUCUGCUUGGAGAGUGUGGAACAGCAUCUAUGAAGAAAACUGUUUCAAGCCUCGAUCUGUCUAUCGUCCUUUAAAUCCACUGGCACCUAGUAGGGGAGGAGAUGAUGGAGAAUCUUUCUACACAUGGCUAGAAGGUCUUUGCCUUGAGAAAAGAGUGUUUUAUAAACUUAUUUCUGGACUUCAUGCUAGCAUCAAUUUACACCUGUGUGCCAAUUAUCUUCUUGAAGAAACCUGGGGGAAACCUCGCUGGGGACCAAACGUGAAAGAGUUCACUCGCCGUUUUGACCCCAUUGAAACAAAGGGAGAAGGACCAAGAAGGCUGAAAAACUUGUAUUUCCUGUAUUUGAUAGAGCUGCGGGCUUUGUCAAAGGUUGCACCAUACUUUGAGCGUUCUGUUGUUGACCUUUACACUGGAAACGGCCAUGAGGAUGCUGAAUCUAAAGCUCUCUUACUAGAAAUCUUCAGGGAUACAAAGUCCUUCCAUAUGCACUUUGAUGAAAAGUCCAUGUUUGCUGGAGAUAAAAAAGGAGCCAAGUCAUUGAAGGAAGAAUUCAGAUUGCAUUUCAAAAACAUAUCCCGCAUAAUGGAUUGUGUUGGAUGUGAUAAAUGCAGGCUGUGGGGCAAACUGCAGACUCAAGGCUUAGGAACUGCUCUGAAGAUCUUGUUUUCUGAGAAAGAAAUACAGAACCUUCCUGAGAAUAGCCCGUCGAAAGGCUUUCAACUAACACGUCAAGAAAUAGUUGCUCUUGUAAACGCCUUUGGAAGGCUUUCCACAAGUAUAAAAGAGCUGCAGAAUUUUAAAGUUUUACUACAGCAGACAAGGUAAUGAAGGCCUUUGCGCAGCCUCUUAGUGAAGACCAUUUACAUGACUGCAUUGAGCAGAAGGAACUGAUCCUUACAGGACUCCCAUGAACUGAUAAAAAGUAAAAUCAAAUACCAACUUGAAUAUUUAUGUUUAAACUAGGAAUGGUUAUUAAUUAGAAGAGAUAUUUAUGAAUGAAGUAUAGUUUUUAAAUGUGUAAAUUAUGCUGAUCUGUUUUAAGUUCUCUGCUCAGUUCUAUUGUACUGAUACACCGUAAGUUUCCUUCAUCUUCUUGUCUUUCUGAGAAAGUUGUUUUAUACGAAAACAUAUGUACCUCAGUCCUGACUUGGCUUGUCCUGCAAGAGAUGGUUCACCCCUCACCUCACCCAAGUGCUGAGCAUCAGUAUGUUCUGAGGACCGGGUAUGCUGAUUCUAGCUGUCUAGAAGUAAACCAGAAAAGGAAAUAAGCUCUUGCUGAGUCCUGACUUCUUACUGUAAUAUGAAACUUAAUUUUACCGAGCAGAAAACUUUACUUUGUACCAAGCUCCUUUACAUCAUGCUGAUAUCAAAGUUUUUUUUCCCUUACAUGCUGCUUUUCAGAAGUUCUUACUUUCUUUGAAAUAACCACCUUCUCUCUGACACAGUACAGUUGUGACUCAUCUGCAGCCCCUUGACAACCUCGUUUACUUCAGGGGUCAGGGCUGGGGACUGGGGAGAAGAUGGUUAGUGGAGCAUUCCUAGCUGGGAAGUUUUUCAGUCAAGUCUGUGUCUAGCCCAUUUUGUUUUCUGGUUUGUAAUCACAGGUUCAGUUUCCAGAAGUUGUCCUUUUAACGUCUAAGAUACUGAAACAGCACAUUUUGCUCUCUGAGCACUGAAAAUAGAUUUGCUCGUAAUGGGUUAUAUUUUAAUGGUGUUAGAAGAUCAAAAAGGAGGAACUUGGUUUUUAUAGUCACUUUAAGAAAAAAAAAUGCUUUUUAGAAUUCGUAAUCACACUGACAGUUAAUACUGCAUAUUGUAUCUAUGCAAUCCCUAACUGUACCUUCUUUAAAAGGAUAUUCAGCAAAGUAAAACGGGUAUGUUAAUAAUGUAAGUUUCAUAAAAUAAGAAAUUACUUGUGUAUCAUUGUCCACAAAUGUCAAUGGUAAUUUAUCAUUGUCCAAAACAGAAGUCAGAACAGCACUACUGACUAUUAGCAAUCAAAUGUGGUUUAAAUUUAAAAUGAUUUUUUUUUUAAAAAACAUUGUGUUAGAGGGUGAAGUUAGGAGUUCUGAAUGUAGGAAGUGCUGGUACAGUGUAGAUACAUCUCUUCUGUUCUUUCUUAAAAAAAGAAAAACUAAUCUUCUUGAAACAAAGUGCUCUUAAACGUUUUUCACCCUACUGGAUGCUUAGUGACCUGUUGAUAAAACUUAUUGUAGUGGUACUGGCUUCUGUGAUGUGGUCCUUUAGAGAGGAAAUAUUCCUGAAAGCUGGAAUAUGCUCCAUCCUUUGUUUCCAGACUAGACUCUAACUUGUACCAUCUGGAAAUGAGACUCUCCUGCUGACAUUCCUUGUUAGGAAAGUAUUGUUUCCUGAGAAACAAAAACCCUCUUGAGUCAAAGUGGGAUAAGCUAAGUGAAAAAAUAAAAAAUAAAAAUUAAAAAAAAAAAUUAAAAAAAGCUGGUGAUAGUUGCACAAAUUGACAGUUGGUUUCCUGUCCUUAUUUCCUGUUUAAGCCAGUAAAUAAAUUAAUGUGGUGUUAGAGAAAGUUAAUGCCUCUCUGACUUGUGGGCACCUGCCUGAGCAAGUCAUCACGGGCUCCCUUUCUAGUUAAUAGAGGAGAGCAGGUGGUGUCGAGGCAGACUCACCUGGCCUUUUCCAAGGUUGGUUUGACAUACUCUAGGAUUUGGUAGCUUGCACCCCAGAGUUUGCUUUCUCCAUUAACUUGAAAAUUUAAAUGACCAGCUCAAAUGUGUACAGCUGUGUUUGAUCAAAUAAGUUUUAUGCUGAGUAUUGAAGUCUUCUGGGUUAUUGUGUAUGUUGUUUUUUUCAGUUAGUCAUUAAUUCCUCCCCUUUUGGAUUGACCAGCAAGGGCUAGAAACCUGCAGGCUCACUCAAGUGAGAAGUCUUGUAUAGCUAAGAUUAAACUGCAAUUAUAUAUUGCAGUGCCUAAAGCUUUAGGCAGGAUUUUCUGAUGGAAAAACAAAUUGUGUUACCCUAGAAUUGUUUCUUCCUUUUUCCCCCUAUUUUGCUUUUUGGGGAAAGUGAAUUGCUUCCAACCUUCUAGGGAUUCAACUUCUUGUUUUUGUUCUUCCAUCUGUGCCUGGCAAAAAUCUGUGGACAUUGAAGCAGCACCAUAGCCUAGCAUCAUUUAAUUCCUUAUGGGACAGGUGAGAGAUUCAGGCGUACAGAUCUUGCAUACCUGCUCCUUAAUACCUUCAUUGGCACAGUCCAAGCAGGGUCCUUAGGAGAAGGACACAUGUCUCUUUUUCCUUUCGUGUCAUGAAAACAUGAGUGCAGCUGAGCAUGGUAAUUCUGUGUUUAGGGAGGUUCUGUUGCAUUUGAAGAUAUAAUGCAGUUGAAACUGUUCCUGUCAUCUACUUUUCUUUUUUACUGUAUUUGAUGUCAAGUCUUUGACUGUGCUGCCUAUGAGGUUCUGCUCUGGGAGUUGGAUGACAAAGUUCUUUAUAUGUAAACUUAAAUUUUAGAAAUUUACAGAUGUUUUUAUACAAAAAAAAGGUUAGAUACACUGUCUGUGAGCUGUAAACCAUUUUAAAUUCCAGCUCCUUAUUGGAGAUCAGCUUGUCAACAUUGUCUGCCAUUCAUUUCAGCUUACAAUUACAUCUCCCUGUACAAAUGACAAAAUGAUUGUAAUCACGUAGGUAGCAAGAAGACAAAGUCACGAAGACGUAAGCGAAAUGUUAAAAGACUUGAUGCAAACAGCAUAGCUAAAAUGUUUGUUGCUGAACAAACUUGCUCCUAAGUGCCAGAGGAAAAAGGUGAGAAUACAGAGUUUAAGAAGUAAAACAUACAGACUUAAGCUGGAAUAAAAUGUGUUCUCCUACUUCAACUGGUGAUUUGUGUUAUGUCAUUGUGUAUGCAUGAAAUACACUGUGCCACACUUUGAGUUGUGUUUUGAUGAUCGGGUCUUUAUCUGACCUUGCUUUGUGCUUUUCUGGGAAAUGAUCUGUAUUAUGUUGUAAAUAAUCUAGAUGCUUAUGUUUAUAAACUAGCAAUCAGCAGCUCAUCACUUUACAAUCUCUCCAUUUAUCUAGCCUAUUAAAAUAUAAUAUUUAUUGAAAUCAAUGUUAAAACUGCUUACUGAGAUCUGAACACUUCUGAAUCUUUGCUACGUUUGAAUCUAUGAGAUACAAAUUAAAGUAUUUUCUGCUAUAA